GUAGUGUUAGAUAAAUAAAAACCAGGUCUCUUCGUGGCCGCUAAUUCUCUCUCUCUCUCCCCCCGUUCCCUCUUCAGCUCAGAGAACCCGCUCCUCGACCCGAUCCGAUACCCGCUUUUAUAACGCAAUACGAUCCACUGCCCGUAACGGUUCAUGUGAUGGAUAUGUCCGAUGCGGUCAUAGUAAAUUCGAGCAGAUUGAAAUCUAUUGUCUGGAACGACUUUGAUAGGGUGAAAAAGGGUGACACAUUUGUGGCCAUUUGUAGACAUUGUAAGAAGAAACUUAGCGGAUCAAGUACUAGUGGAACCUCGCAUCUGAGGAACCAUUUAAUUAGGUGUCAAAGAAGAUCUAAUCAUGGCGUGGAUCAAUACUUUUCUGCUAAAGAGAAGAAAAGGGAAGGUUCUCUUGCCCUUGUAACUAUUGAUCAAGAGGAGAAGAAGGAUGAAGUCCUUAGUAUUGUAAAUCUUAGAUAUGAACAAGAACAGAUUAAAAAUGAGCAUGUUGGCAUCGGUACUAAUAGCUUGGAUCAAAGGAGGAGCCAAUUUGAUCUUUCCCGCAUGAUCAUAUUGCAUAACUAUCCAUUGGCUAUGGUGGAGCAUGCUGGGUUCAAGAUAUUUGUCAGGAAUCUACAGCCCUUGUUUGAACUUGUGACAUGUAAUAAAGUCGAAGCUGAUUGCAUGGAAAUCUAUGCAAAGGAGAAGCAAAAGGUUUAUGAAAUUUUUGAUAAGUUGCCUGGAAAAAUUAGUGUAUCUGCUGAUAUGUGGACUGCCUCAGCUGGUGCUGCUGCAUACUUGUGUUUGACAGCACACUAUAUUGAUUGGGAUUGGCAGUUAAAAAGGAAGAUUUUGAAUUUUGUUGUCGUUGAUCCCUCUUAUACAGAAGACAUGCACUCGGAAUUUAUAAUGAAUUGUCUGAUGGAUUGGGAUAUAGAUCGGAAGUUGUUUUCUAUGAUAUUUGAUAGUUUUACCAGUGAAAACAUUGUUGACAGAAUCAGAGAUCGGCUGUCGCAAAAUAGGUUCCUUUAUUGUAAUGGUCAACUAUUUGAUUUUCGAUGUGCCAUAGAUAUUCUCAACCGCAUGGCUCAUGAUGCCUUGGAAGCGCUCUGUGAAGUUGCCCCGAAAAUAAGGGAAAGCAUUCGUUAUAUUAAAAGUUCAGAAGCAACACAAGCCACAUUCAAUGGGCUGGCUGACGAAGUUCAGGUUGAAACUAAAAAAUGCUUAUGUAUUGAUAACCCACUGAAAUGGAACACGACAUAUUUUAUGUUUGAAACCGCCUUAGAAUACAGGAAAGUUUUCUCUUGUCUACGUGAUCGCGACCCUGUCAACAUGAAGUUUCUCCUAUCUGAUUUAGAAUGGGAUAGACUGGGUACCAUUACUAUCUUCUUGAAGCUAUUUGUUGAAGUUACUAAUGUUUUUACGAGAAGCAAGUAUCCAACUGCAAAUAUAUUUUUCCCCGAGAUCUGUGAUAUUCACUUGCAGUUGAUCGAAUGGUGCAAGAACACCGAUAAAUGUAUCAGUUCCUUGGCUCUAAAGAUGAGAAAGAAGUUUGAAGAGUUCUGGGAUAAGUGCAAUGUUGGUCUAGCAGUUGCAGCUAUUUUAGAUCCUCGAUUCAAAAUGAAGCUCUUGGAGUAUUACUACCCACAAUUAUACGGCGACGGUGCUUCGGUGUUUAUUGAUGAAGUUUUUGAGUGUAUUAAAUCGCUUCACCAUGAACAUUCAAUCGUCUCCCCUUUAGCUUCUUCCAUUGAUCAGGGACUGGAUUGGCAAGCAAGUGGUAUUCCCAGUUCCGCAAGAGAUUCUAGGGAUAUGUUACUGGGUUUCGACAAGUUCCUUCAUGAAACUUCUCAAGCCGAGGGUUCCAAUUCUGAUCUAGACAAGUAUCUGGAGGAACCGCUGUUUCCUCGUAAUAUCGAUUUCAACGUAUUGAAUUGGUGGAUGGUUCACGCUCCACGGUAUCCCAUCCUAUCGAUGAUGGCACGCAAUAUUCUAGCGAUUCCCAUAUCCAAAGUUGCAUCAGAAUCAAUAUUCGACACCGGGGGAAGAGUGCUCGGUCAUAACUGGAGCUCGUUGCCUCCGACUACAAUUCAAGCCCUCAUGUGUGCACAAGAUUGGAUACGGAGUGAGCUCGAAAGUUAGUUUUUGCUGCCCUUUGAUAAGGUGGGAGGUUAGGCAUCUCUUUUGUAGCUCUGCUAUUUUGUCAAUAAUUUUCUGUGUUGCGUUUUUAGGAAAACUAAUGGGUUAUUGUGAUCAAACUCCAUAUUGAUUCCCAUCUUUAUGCUGAUCUGAAUCUGUUGCAAGUGAAUUAGUUGUACAGUGUAUGAAAAGCCUUACUUAAUUCCCUGUCUUGAUGCUCGUGUCAUUAACACCGUAA